AUGAACCUGUUGGACGUCUGGCGACUAGCCCACCCAGAUACUAGGGACUUCACCUUCUUCUCGGCCCCACACAAAUCAUAUAAAAGAUUAGACUAUAUCCUACUGUCAAGCAAUGCCGUGGAUAUGGUGGACUCUGACAUAGGUGUUGUGUCCGUCUCUGACCACGCCCCAGUCUCUGCUGCCCUCAGAUUUUCCAGCUUGCCUGCCUCAGUUAGACAGUGGCGCUUAAACGAGACGCUGCUAGAUAGACAAGCAGAUACCUCAAUCCUGGAGCAAAAAUUAAAGGACUUCUUUAUAGAUAAUGCGACACCAGGUAUGCCCCAGACGACACUGUGGGAGACGCACAAGGUGGUUAUCCGGGGAGAGUUAAUAGCCUUAGGUAGUAGGGUUAAAAAAGAGAAACAAAAGAUCCUACACGAUCUCUUGGUUCAGAUAGCAGAUAAAGAAGCGGUCCAUAAACGGUCUAGAGCAAUAAAAGUCCAGACUGAACUGACCCAGCUAAGAUCACAACUAAAAGACCAUUUAAACAUUCAAAACGCAAAGGCUUAUCAAUAUGCCCAAUUUAAACACUACUCACACGGGGAUAAAGGUUCUAAACUGACGUCCUCCCUUAUUAAACAAAGGAAAGAGUCCAUGUUCAUACCCAAUAUCAAAUCCAGUACUGGAAAUAUGCUGCAUAAAACAGCUGACAUUGCAGAAGAAUUUCAAAAAUUCUAUAAGCAACUAUAUGGCCUGUCAGACCCUAAUCACCCAGAUCCAUCAAUACCAGAAGCAACAGACUUGUUUUUGAAAGGCCUCAAUCUACCCCAGAUAACCUCCCAAGAAAGUGACACCUUAUUAGAGCCAGUCACCGAAGUAGAAGUGGAAAAGUUACUAGCCUCUAUGCCCAUGGGGAGGGAAGGGAAUCAUAAUUCCUGUAGGUUAAUCACAGCAAUACAGUGGGCCAAAAAGAAAAACCUCCCCUUGGCGCUGCUCAGUGUGGAUGCGGAGAAGGCCUUCGACCGGUUGUUUGUCAUUGACAAUGGAGCCGAUGACUGGAGGAUCGCCAUGACCUAUGAGCGGAUUUUCUACAUCAGCUUGGAGCUGCUCAUCUGUGCCAUUCAUCCUAUCCCUGGCGAGUACAAGUUCUUUUGGAAUGCCCGCCUGGCCUUCUCCUACACGCCAUCGCAGGCCGAGGCCGACGUGGAUAUUAUCCUCUCCAUUCCCAUGUUCCUGCGGCUCUACUUGAUUGCCCGGGUCAUGCUCUUGCACAGUAAACUUUUCACAGACGCUUCAUCCCGUAGUAUCGGGGCGCUCAACAAGAUCAACUUUAACACUCGCUUCGUCAUGAAGACGCUGAUGACCAUCUGCCCGGGCACUGUGUUACUGGUCUUCAGCAUCUCUUUGUGGAUUAUCGCUGCCUGGACUGUGCGAGUCUGCGAGAGGUAUCACGACCAGCAGGACGUCACCAGCAACUUCCUAGGUGCCAUGUGGUUGAUUUCCAUAACGUUCCUCUCCAUUGGCUAUGGUGACAUGGUGCCAAACACCUACUGUGGGAAGGGGGUUUGCCUGCUAACUGGCAUCAUGGGUGCUGGUUGUACUGCCUUAGUGGUGGCUGUGGUCGCUCGAAAGCUGGAGCUUACCAAAGCUGAAAAGCACGUCCACAACUUCAUGAUGGAUACACAGCUAACAAAACGGAUAAAAAACGCAGCAGCCAACGUCCUCCGGGAAACAUGGCUAAUUUACAAGCACACAAAGCUACUAAAGAAGAUCGACCAUGCUAAAGUCCGCAAGCACCAGAGGAAGUUUUUGCAGGCCAUUCAUCAAUUACGGAGCGUGAAGAUGGAGCAACGGAAACUGAGUGACCAAGCCAAUACCUUGGUAGAUCUCUCCAAAAUGCAGAGUGUGAUGUAUGAUCUUAUAACUGAGCUCAAUGACCGCAGUGAGGAUCUGGAGAAACAGAUUGGGAAUCUAGAAGCUAAGCUGGACCAGAUCUCUUCGACUUUCAAUACUCUUCCUGUCCUGAUCGUAGACACCCUGCGACAGCAGCAGCAACACCUUCUUUCUGUGGUACUGGAGUCACGGGCACUGGGAGUGGCUGUUGGGACUUCACAAUCGGACAGUCCUAUGGGCAUAAGUUCGGCAUCUUUUCCAACACCACACACCAGCUCCAGUAGCUGCUGACAGGCCAGACUUGUGUUGUGGAUGGUAGACCUUCGACUCCUAGAGUAGGAUUAUUUAGGAGACUUUGGGAAUGCUGGCUAACUAAAUAUCAUGUAAUCUCAGCUAACCUUGAGUAGGAUGUCUUGUAGGAAAGUGAGUUGGCACUCAACAUGAGGAACUACUUGAAGGUUGAGACACUAUUGCGCACCUUCUCAUUCACUGCCAAGUAACCUGCUUAGCGGAGAAGGAUCUGUUACAACCCCACUUCCUCCUGCGAAUACCUUUCCUGAUCUUCCUACUAUUGUCCUUUUUUCUUCUAACACUGCCCUCCAAUGUCCCGGCACUUCCAUGGAGGCUAAAGCCAGUGCACGCAAUCAGUUCCGAAAUCUUGGCCUCAUCCUAUUCUUACAGACGUCUUUAUAAGUGCCUGCACAUUGAAGGUCAUUACUGUCCAAAGCAAGAGUGCACUCCCUGGUGGUAAGGCCUGCGUAAGGUCUUGCCCUCGAGGUAUUAAGUCGAUUGCCCAGAUGGUUGACAUCAGUUGAUCUUGCAGAGGAGUCCUUGUGCUUUCACACACUGAAUUUCUGUGCUUGGCAUGUAUAUGCUACACUUAUAUUCAACAAACGAGAGGCAAAAGGUGGUACCGAGCCGUACCCGAUUAGCUUCGGAGUGGUGACGGCAAAUAAUCAGUUACUCGCUGCGCAACGUACAUCUACCUGCGCUACACGUGGGCGCUCACCACUUCUGUAUGUAUUUUUGCACCAAGACACAACCAAAAAAACUAAAAAAAAACAAUAAUAAUAAUAAUGAUACUACGACUAGAGACCCAAACAGGUCCAGACGUCGAAGAGAUGACGGACGACUGGGGUGUGGUGUGUGAAUCACUGUGUAUCUCUCUACAGUUGGGCUGUAGACUAUGGAAAGUAGCUCAGGAGGCUAUGGAGCUACAAUCCGCCUUCCCCUCCGUUUACAAAGAAAAAUAAAACGCAAAAAGUAAUAUAUAUAUAUAUAUUUAUGCUAAAAACAAUCAAAGCCGAGCAUCCGCUCCCUCCUCAAACUUCCCUGAAAGCUGAUAUUUGCAUAAAUUAGGAAGCUGAUAAUUCUGUCACUAGGGCACUUUUCUAGUCCAGUGAGGGAACACGUAAUGGCGGCAUACAUGUUUACACUAUGUGCCUGACCAUAUUCAUUUAAAGGGAGUCACCAGGACAGAACCCUUUAAAUUAGGGCAUGAACUAAUGAAGAUACACCCAGAAAAAGGCUCAGGAUGGACUGUGAUGAUUUGGGGGCAUUUACUGGGUGUGUAUGCACCACUUUUAUUGGUUUGAUUUACGAAUGGGGCCUGGCUUAAUGGAGAUUCCCAUUGGGUUAAUAUCCAGUGACAUCAUCAGUGGCGGUUCAAGUGUCUAGUGAACAAAUUGUCUCUACUGAGACUAUAUCUGGUGACAUCAUCAGUAAUGUUUUGAUUAAUGGGGUCUGGCUUAAUGGCAGAUUCCCAUUGGGUUAAUUUCUAGUGACAUCAUCUGUGAUCUUUUGAGUGUCUAGUGAACCAACUGGUUGGAUUUGCUGAGACUAUAUCUGAUGACAUCAUCUAUGACACUGAUGUUUCAAGUAUCUAGUCACCGCUGAUCUCUAGUGAUGGAUAGGCUGCAUUCUCAGUGAUGUCACCGCUGAUCUCUAGUGAUGGAUAGGUUGCAUUCUCAGUGAUGUCACCGCUGAUCU